GCCGGCUCAUACUGUGUACACCUGGAGGGAUGCUACAGCUACUGUAAAUUGUGCCGCCAAUCUCACAGCUCCGGGUGGGGCCCAAGCCUUCGCCGGCCCCCAGACUCCAGCUUCUGCCUCAGGCAACCAAGAGGACACCUUUCCAUUAAAGGUGCUUGUGAUCCGCCUCAUCAGCUCGACAUCCGGAACCCCAACUCUCUGGUCAGAACAGCGUGUCCUUUCUUUCCAUUUAGACACUAGGCAGCAGUCACUUCACAGUCAUAGUGUCACUCUUUCCAUUGCCAUUAUUCUUUUAACGCUUUGUUGCAUAAAUCUUUCGUCUCCAUUUUCCCCACCAAGAAACAAAGUGACUCACAUAUACACUUUAGUUGACGUCGCAUACCUGAACAUGCUUCGUCAUUAGUCCACUAUUAAACAAAGAGGCAUAUGCAGUGCAGCAAUUUUUAAUAAGUAUCGCGAAUUCCACCGUUUCUUUCCGAUACAGGUCCCGAGAACAAAGGCAGGCACAUCUCGAACCACGCACAACGCAACUACCAAUAAAGCCUCGAAUAAAAAGUCCUCCAGCCCCAGCUGUCCACGAUGAACACUUGGAGCGCAACCCCAGAACUCAAGAUGGAAGCAUCGCCGGCCGAGUCCUUCUUGUCGACUCCCGGCGACAUGUACCCAUCACUAUUCGGUGACGCCAAAAGCUUCUCACUUAACCCUUCGGAUUUGGCAAGUCCACCGGUGUCUCAAGAAGACCCGGUCGAACUCGAUGCCCUCAAGACAGAAUCAGCCGCUCUUCGUGCCGCCGAACCAACGCCAGCACCAGAGGAGGCCUCUUCGCCGGCUCCGGGGUCAGAAAAGAAGACCAAAAAGCGAAAGUCCUGGGGUCAAGUUCUUCCUGAGCCAAAAACCAACCUACCACCAAGGAAACGUGCCAAGACAGAAGAUGAGAAGGAGCAGCGUCGUGUCGAGCGGGUUCUCCGCAACCGACGUGCUGCUCAGUCCUCUAGGGAACGUAAACGCCAGGAAGUAGAGGCUCUCGAGCAACGCAACGCCGCCCUCGAGCAGCAACUACUUCACUUUCAGAAGCUCACUCAAACCAUGUACCAAGAGCUUCAGUUGAGGCGUCGUGAGGCUGGUGUUGUCACACCAAGUGAAAAGCCUGAUGGCCUCACCUUGACACCGGAGUUGUUCCGGUCUCAAGAUGCCAUCGCCUCUUCGGCCACGUCCGUCUCGGCCACAUUGGCAGACCCUGCCAACUCCCUCGAGGAUAUUUUUGGAUCCACUAACGUCCCAACUACCGUCAACCCUGCUUCGAUUCGCUCAAGCCCUGCUCCCGAACAGCAGACCGAGACCGUUGCAUCUGGCGAGGAAGCGAAGACCUCGGCUGACCUGACACAACAUCCUGCCGAGAUGUUGUGCACCGACCUGCAGUGUCAGUCAGCCAAGGUCCCGCAAUCCUUCAACCGGAUGCCGGCUUCGAUGAUGCGUUCCGUUCAGUGGCAGCUCUCGCUGAUGGCGGCGUGCUCGGCGACGCUUCUCUCGAUGUUUCAGCGGCCGCUAUUUCAGAUAGCCAUGUCCUUGAAAGUGGGGUAUUCGAUACCCCCAGCCCCGAAGAUUCUGGAGACUAUUAUCUGGCUAGUGACUCAGCCUUCUCCCAACCGACGGGCACGUUCGACUUCGACAUCAACGAGUACCUCAACAACAACGAAUGGCUCGAGGGCGCAACCGCGCACCCCGCAGCCGACAGCCAACAGUUUGCCGAUGGCGUCUCGACCGGUAUCGAGUCUGCCCACGGCCUCCAGGACCCUACGACUUCGUCUUCUCCGGAAGAUCCUAACCUGCAGCCCCAGCUUGGCGCGUCCUCUAUCGGAUGCGACGCUGGCGGCAUUGCGGUUGGUGCAAUCUGAGGAGCAACGCCUUGUCGAUGGGGUCAAUGGAGGUCGCGUGGACGGUCACGAUGUCGCCCGAACGUCACCGACGGACUCGAGUAUGUCGCCCGUGGGACUCGGAGGAGAGGAGGCCGGCUUAUGGAAAAAUGUCUCGCCACCAUCCAAAUGGGUUCUGUUGACGUUACUCUGGGCCAUUCGAGUUGAGGAGAGAGCGAUGAAUGCCCGCGUUGACGCCAAGAAGACCUCUACCAAGAGGCCUCAUCGCAGCGUUGUGGAUCAGAUGUCCUCAUCGAAGCAAACUCGAUCUGGACUUAACCACCGCAAGAGAUAUAGAGAGGAGAGUGAGGCUGGCAACGAACAAGGUAGUUUAUAGUGGCGAUGGGUUGAACCACAGUACACCCUCCCACUUAGCCCUCCUUGCCGCGCUGGUCAAACCCAUUCCUCUGUUCAUUUGUCUUAUGAUUUUGACGGGGAAAGAUGUCUUUGGGAUAUGGACGGCGGGAACCGGGGUUGCAUGGCGUCUUGGGGGUUUGUUUCAAUCGUAUGGCUUAGCUAUUUCAUACUCUUUUGUUGGGGAAGAAGUAGAUGGUCAUGUACUACCAUAAAACAUUAGCAAACUUGUUGAAAAUGCCAACUUAGUUGCCUUCUUA